AUGUUUGCUAAUUUUGAGCUUUCUUCCGGCGGAUUGGUUGCAGCGGACGUCAAGCCCAAGCGUACGCGUACAGAUCUGGGCUGUCUACCAUGUCGGAGAAAGAAAAAGAAGUGUGAUCUUGCGAAGCCGGAGUGUGUGCGCUGUCGGAAGAGCACUGGAACUGUUGUCUGCGAGUGGCCAGCACAUGCAUCGUCGCUGGGUUCCGAAGAUGGCGGUAGAUACCAGCCGCGUCUUGAUGUCGAUUCCAGACGGGAUCAUACCCAAAUGUCGAUAGAAUCCGGAUCUCCGUCUCGAACUACAAUGGUACUCCGGAAUGCUGGACGCAAGAGCAAUCAUGGUACCCUUCCUCGAAAUACCUGGGAAUAUGGAUGGGAGGCACCCUCACCGCAGAACAGCAUAGAGAAUUGUAUCACUAUCAGUCUCCCGCCCGGAGUCAACAAGGUAUCUCCCAACAUGACGUCUAGUCAAUUGAUCCAUGUCACGACUGCGUUCGACAAGGCCAUCAUUUCGCCAGAUAAUGGCAGUCUUGAUCAACCAGCAUCACAACUCUGUCUGCCGUUAUGUCUAGAGAACUCUUCGCUCAUGCAUGCCUGGCUGUCCUGCGGGACAGCGUUCGUGAACAAAGCUCAGCCGGGAGGUAUCCAGAAGGCACUUGUUCAUUACCAACAAGCGGUCAAGGGCCUUGCCACUGCUCUGACCGAGACUGGGUUGACCCAGCCGGAAUGGAAAGUUGCAGCGACACUUCUAUUACAUACAUUUGAGUCGAUGAGUCCAAGAACCGAUGAACCUGCUAGCAUGCGAAUAGCUCAUCUCAACGGCGCUCACAACCUAGUUCGCACAGGCAUGAUGAACAAGCCACCAACAUCGAUGCAUCAAGUCCUACUUCUCGAAGCCUAUUCUUUCCGUACGGUCCACAACAGGCUCUUCCAACCUGCUCCUACACUGCCCUACGACUACCUCGAAAAGUUGUAUGGGACUAUGUGUCUUCCAGGCAGUCCUCGGCAAGACAUGUAUACGUCAUGGCGCAAGUGUCCUUGGGUGGGCAUGUGCGCGCCUCUCUUCGACAUGGGUUUCAAAUUGUGUUGGCUCAGAGACAGACUACCACUCCAAGGCAAAGAUCUGAUCGACGCAAUCUCACUCUCGAACGCCAUCAUGGCUUGGCGAGCACCAGUCGAAGCUCCAGAAGAUCUGUUCGAUGUUGACUCCGGCACUGCAGAUACAUUCAUGAUGAAGAAUCUGCUCUCAGCCAAGGCAUGGUACUACGGAUGUCAAUUUCUCUCUCACAAACUGUUGAAUCCCAUGAAUGGUCCUUUCGAUCCGGAGCUCAUUGCUAUAUCCAGACAAAGCCACAAAGUAUUCCAGCAGAUGGAUCUCUUACGAGGCGCAUCUGCGCUUCUCCUGUGGCCGAUUUUCUUGCUUGGGACAGGUGCUGUAACACCCGCUGACCAGACAGCGUUCACCAACGCUAUUGUAUCGUGCGCCCCGAGAUCAGGUCCGGGCACUAUUCAACGAACUACGCAACUACUGCAUUGGGCUUGGGCGCCAGAUACCGAGCUCGAAGCGGGGUUCCUGGGCUCGGACAUUAUCCUUCGAACAGAUAUCCUCAGAAAGUUCUUCAUGUGA